GACAAUGCCGAGGCAGGAUCAUGGAGCUGGGCUACGCCUACCAGGGCCUACCAGCCGGAGGGCAUGGCCGAACUGCACUGGCCCUACAUGAGAUGGAAUCAGGAGAAAGGGGCCCUUGAGCGGGUCCCAGACCUGGAUCCGAUGCUGCAGAGCCAGGUCGUGAGCACGAUCAUCCAGCUGCAGGCGACCAUCGUCGGCCCCAACGUCAGCGGCCUACCAGGGAGAGACGGUCACCUUCCGCUCUCAAUCGGGCUGAGAGAUGUUAUGGCUUCGCAGGCGUGGGGAAUGCUGACCACCCUUUGCGGCAACGCCAGCGCCAAGAUCAUCGGUUUGCGGAUGAGGCCCAUCAAGAUGGAUCAAGCUUGGCAAUCGCUCUAA